AUGGCGCCAAAGAUAUCGUCAGUACUUGGCUUCCACGAGCGCGAGCAGCUCCACAAGAACCCAUCCAUCCUGGCCUACACGGGGGACGUGGGGCAGAACUACCUCGACUUGGGAGACGGCUACGAGGACCAAGAGAGAGAACAAGCACCGCUUGCCCAGCCGCGCGACCGUGACCGCUCUAAUUCGGAGAAGAAGGCCACAACCAGCUCGCGCUUGACGUCGCUCUCGUCCAGCCUCCACAGUGCCCGCGCUGCGGUAACCACGCGCGCACGGAAGCUCCAUGUGCGUGCGUCCACCCGCCAGGCCAUCAGCCACCUGCGCAAGACGAUGACAAAGCGCUCGUCGUCUCGAACCGAGGCGAAUAAGGAAUCCGUGGCAACCGACCACCACCAGUCCAAUCAGUUCGACAACGACCGCUUCAGCAACGACCGCAUGACCGACGCGGGGAACCAGGUUGGGGUGGAGAACGCCGGCUACAAGUGCAUGUACGCCGAGGUUAACCUGGGAAACGACAUGGAGUUUCGCCAUUCUGCCCGGGGUUCUACAGCCGCCAGUACUGGCAGUCGACUGUCCAAGCUCCUGCCGCCGCGCCCCUGGAUCAAAAACUCCAAGCAGAAACGAAGAUUCAGCGACGAGCUUCACUAA